ACAACUAAACAAAGACUAAAAGAUGUUUGUUUGGGUCAACGUCUCUGUUUUCCAAGAUAAAGAUGUUUUGUCUUUAAACUCAAAAACUUAAGACAAGAAAAAGAAUGGGUUCAUGGAUACCCAAGUUGCUGCUGCUGCAACUUGUGCUUCUGUUGACUAAGCAUGCUGAUUCAAGUUCUAUCAUCAAAUAUCUUCCUGGUUUUGAAGGCCCUCUUCCCUUCGAGCUCGAAACCGGGUACAUUGGUGUUGGUGAGGAAGAUGAAGAUCAAAUGUUCUACUACUUCAUCAAAUCUGAGAGCAAUCCAAAAACAGACCCUCUUCUUCUCUGGCUAAGUGGAGGACCUGGUUGCUCUUCUUUCACUGGUCUUAUAUAUGAGAACGGGCCACUUGGUUUCAAGGUUGAGGCGUACAAUGGAAGUAUCCCCACGUUGGUCUCUACUACAUAUUCAUGGACAAAGGUUGCGAAUAUAAUCUAUUUAGAUCAACCUGUUGGGACUGGCUUCUCCUACUCAAGAAAUCCACUUGCUGAUAUACCAAGUGACACAGGAUCAGCUAAGCGGGUCGAUGAGUUUCUUCGUAAAUGGCUAACCAAGCAUCCUGAGUAUUUCUCCAACCCUUUCUAUGCCGGUGGAAAUUCUUAUUCCGGUAAGAUGGUUCCGGUCAUCGUUCAAGAAAUCUCAAAUGGAAAUUGUAUUUACGGCAAACCUCAAAUAAGGCUUCAGGGCUAUGUGCUCGGAAGUCCGGUAACAGACUAUGAUCUUGAUAGAAAUUCUCGUAUUCAAUUUGCUCAUGGAAUGGCACUUAUCUCUAAUGAACUCUAUGAGUCGAUGAAGAGAACUUGUGGAGGAAACUAUAUUUUUGUAGAUCCUCUUAACACAGAAUGCUUGGAACUCAUAAAAGACUAUGACAACUGUGUUUCUGGAAUAUAUGAAAAUCUUAUCCUCGUACCAAAAUGUGACCUUACAUCUCCUGAUUGCCAUUCGUAUCGGUCUAUGCUAUCCGAUUACUGGGCUAAUAACGAGAGCGUACGCAGAGCACUUAAAGUUGUGGAGGGUACUACAGGUAGAUGGGAACGAUGUAAAUGGACUUUGCAAAACAAUAAAGACAUUAAAAGCAGCAUACCAUACCAUAAGAAGAACAGCAUCCAAGGCUAUCGAUCUCUUAUCUUCAGUGGUGAUCACGACAUGCUAACACCUUACGUUGGAACUCAAGACUGGAUAAGAUCUCUCAACUAUUCCAUUAUUGACAAAUGGAGGCCAUGGAUGAUACUUGAUCAAGUCGCUGGAUACACUACGACUUACGCUAAUAAGAUGACAUUUGCUACUGUGAAAGGUGGCGGGCACACGUUAGACUAUAAACCAGAUGAGAAUUCAAUCUUGUUCAAGAGGUGGAUAAGUGGCCAACUUCUUUAAACACACAAAACUUACUCCUCAAGUGAUCUUGUUAAUGUUGAAACCGAAAGUGUUUGGUUUGAUGUAUCAUCUGAAAUACAUUUUAGGUGCUAAGACUAUUUAUCAGAAAACAUCACUUAUUGCCAUGCAUUACAUAAAUGGGGAGAAAAAAGGCUUUGUACUUGGAGUCUGUUAAUUUUUUGUGGGUUUGAUUUAUAGGGUCGGCAGAGGAAAGAUCAAUCAUGUUCAAGGGAUGGAUAAGUGGCCAAAUUCUGUAACAAGUAACAACCUAUCAGCUAUAAUACAUGCCAAAAUCAGUUUAGUUAAAUGGGACACAACAUAUCC